AAUUUCCAUAAAUAACUGCUGCAGACCUUGUGUAUAUAGGAUACUCAAUUCUGUGAAUAAAAGAUAUCAGUUUCAUUCUCAAGUUUCUGUCUUAAUAGUGGUAUUAGAGCCACGGUCUCAAGCGGGACUAACAUCAAACAACCAUGGCCGACGAAACACCCAAAACCACCGAUUCCAAAACCCAAAAGUCAAGCUCAGGCAAAACCGUGAUUACCACACCCGCUGUUAUCAAUACCAGUACCAGUUCAAACAAUAUCAUAGCCUUUGUUGCUGCUCAAUUCCCAGGUACUAGGCCAUGUCCUCCAGAAGAUGACAUACUCGACUCACCAUAUGAUUUGUGGGUGAGGCAAGAUCAAUCAAUACAACACGCAAUUAUGACUUUAGUAUCAAAAUCCAUUCACCCAUAUGUAUCUAGUGUAGAGACCUUGCAUGAAGCUUGGGUGAUACUUGAAAGACUUUAUGCAAAUAGCUCUCGUACGAGAGUUAAUGCAUUGAAAGAAAGGCUCCAGAAGCUUCAGUGUGAAGGUAGAGCGGUAGCAGAGUAUCUUCGCACUAUAAAAAUCCUAAUUGAUCGGAUUGGAAAUGUAGAAAAGGUACCCCUAAACAAUUCUGACAUUCAAGUUUAUUUGCUUAACAGUUUGGGACAUGAAUACAGGGAAUUCAAGGCCUCAAUUCGAGCCCCACAAUUUGCUUCUGUGCAUCCUCGUACUGUUGGAAAUCCUAGCGGCUAUGGUGGCUUCAAUGCUUGGAACUCGAUAGGUGGCCAUUAUGAUGGAGUUCAAGCACACUUCAAUCGGACUUCUAAGCCUAACUCAACAGCUUCACCUUAUACCAACAGCCAAUUUAAUGGGUAUGCCCCAAAGGGUCGUGGAGGAGCCCGAGGAAACCAUGGAGCCCGUGGAGGGAAAAAUAAUCGGAAUUCCUCCAAUAGGUAUAAUAGUUACCAUGCUAAUGCAUGUCAAUUGUGCAAUAGUUUUGGACAUUUUGCUAGGAACUAUCCUGAACUCAAAAAUCAUGCUCAUGUUGCCAACUUUGCAACAACUUCCACUUCAAAGAAGGGUGAUUGGUGGAUAGAUUCUGGAGCCUCUGAUCAUACACCUUCUGUUGCAGUCGACCCAUCCAUUGUUGGUGCUUCGCCAUCAUCUGAAUUUGGCCCUCAAGCAGCAGUCCCUAGUGCGGCCUCCAUAGUUGUUAAUCAGGUAAGCUUUCUCAACCCUCCAUCCUUUUCUACCUCAGUCUCUGAUCUUGUCCCUUCCCCUGUUUCCCCGAUAGGUGACUCAUCCCCGACACCAUUAGCUCCUUUUUCACCCUCAUCUAAUUCCACCUCUAGCCUUUCUUUCGAUCUCGAACCUGCAUCCACCAGAACCUUGCCUUCCUCUCCUGUCACACAACCAACACCUAGCCAUUCCCAGGCCAGUUCCAUUUCUCCCCACUCCGACUCACCUCACACCUCGCCUCCAGCACCAAACCCGCCUCCUAUCCCUUCUCGGACUCAUGGCAUGACUACUAAAUCUCAACACAAUAUUUUCAAACCCAAAACCUUAUUCACUGCAACUAAACAUCCCAUUGAUCCACCCUUAGAGCCCACUUGUGUUAGUCAAGCUUUGAAACAUCCUCAAUGGCGUCAGGCUAUGUCUGAUGAGUUUAAUGCUUUGGUUCACCAAGGCACUUGGGAGUUGGUUCCACCUAAUGCCUAUCAACAUGUGAUUGGUUGCAAGUGGGUAUUCCGGGUUAAAUGGAAUAAGGAAGGCAGGGUUGAACGGUUUAAAGCUCGUCUUGUGGCUAAAGGAUUUCAUCAAAGGCCUGGUUUUGAUUACUUUAACACUUUUAGCCCUGUUAUUAAACCUGUUACUAUUCGGGUUGUUCUCUCUUUGGCAAUCACUCAGAAUUGGUCUAUUCGGCAAUUAGAUGUUAACAAUGCUUUUCUCCAUGGAAAGCUUGAGGAAGACUUGUUUAUUGCUCAACCACCCGGGUUCAUUGAUGCUAGUCUACCUUUGCAUGUUUGCCUGCUUCGGAAGUCUAUCUAUGGCCUCAAACAGGCUCCUCACACAUGGUUUCAAGAGUUGAAAAGCUUUUUACUCUCUCAUGGGUUCCAUAAUUCUCGCUCAGAUACAUCUCUUUUUAUCUAUCGCAAUGGGUCUGAUUGCUUAUACUUUCUGGUUUAUGUCGAUGAAAUCAUUGUGACCGGCAGCAAUCCACAGUUGGUUGAUUCUUUGAUUCAAUUGAUCAGCAACACAUUCUCUAUCAAAGACCUUGGUUCCCUUACUUAUUUUUUGGGAGUUAAUGCUAUCUUCACUCCUGCAGGCCUUUUUCUCUCUCAGGCUCAAUAUAUUUGUGACCUACUGGAUAAGUUUGGCAUGGCUGAGGCUAAACUAGUUUCCUCCCCAAUGGCUACAACUCCUCUUCAAUUGCACCAAGGGCUCAAACUCUUGGAUCCUUUUCCAUACCGGCGUCUUGUUGGCUCAUUGCAAUAUCUUAAUCUCACAAGACCGGACAUUACUUUCGCAGGCUUUGUUUUUCAUGGUCUUCUUCUGCGUCGGCAGCCUCUGUUCCCUCUCCAUGCCUUUUCCGACUUUGAUUGGGUCGGUGACAAGGAUACCCUUCGCUCAAUAGAGGCCGAGUACCGUGCUCUAGCUGCUGUAUCCUCUGAAGUUAUGUGGGUUUGCCAUCUUCUUUGUGAGUUGGGGCAUCCUGUUUCUUCUCCUUCGGCGGUGUACUGUGACAAUGUUGGUGCUACUCAUCUUAGUAGCAAUUCAGUCAUGCACACUCGUAUGAAACAUAUUGCCAUUGAUCUUCAUUUUGUCCGUGAGUUGGUGGAUCGGAAGCUUCUAUGGUUCUCUCAGCUGAAAUGCAAGAUUGGCGUUACCGAUGGUAGCUCUAUCUUGCGGGGGCGUGUUAUGGAAACACAUCUUGUCAACACAGCUCAUGAAUCUGGCUCGUGAAUUUGCACUAAUUAUAGCAAAUAUAAUCAGCAUUAUAUG